AUGUUCACACCAUCAUGUGCGUGCACACGCAUGUUCAGAUGCCACAGGAUACUACAGAUGCCACAGGAUACAGCAGAUGCCACAGGAUACAGCAGGUGCCACAGGAUACAGCAGAUGCCACAGGAUACAGCAGAUGCCACAGGAUACAGCAGGUGCCACAGGAUACAGCAGGUUCCACAGGAUACAGAAGAUGCCACAGGAUACAGCAGAUGCCACAGGACACAGCAGAUGCCACAGGAUACAGCAGAUGCCACAGGAUACAGCAGAUGCCACAGGAUACAGCAGGUGCCACAGGAUACAGCAGGUGCCACAGGAUACAGCAGAUGCCACAGGAUACAGCAGAUGCCACAGGAUACAGCAGGUGCCACAGGAUACAGCAGAUGCCACAGGAUACAGCAGGUGCCACAGGAUACAGCAGGUGCCACAGGAUACAGAAGAUGCCACAGGACACAGCAGAUGCCACAGGAUACAGCAGAUGCCACAGGAUACAGCAGGUUCCACAGGAUACAGCAGAUGCCACAGGAUACAGCAGGUGCCACAGGAUACAGCAGGUGCCACAGGAUACAGCAGAUGCCACAGGACACAGAAGAUGCCACAGGAUACAGCAGGUGCCACAGGAUACAGCAGAUGCCACAGGAUACAGCAGAUGCCACAGGAUACAGCAGGUGCCACAGGAUACAGCAGGUUCCACAGGAUACAGAAGAUGCCACAGGAUACAGCAGAUGCCACAGGAUACAGCAGAUGCCACAGGAUACAGCAGGUGCCACAGGAUACAGCAGGUUCCACAGGAUACAGAAGAUGCCACAGGAUACAGCAGAUGCCACAGGAUACAGCAGAUGCCACAGGAUACAGCAGAUGCCACAGGAUACAGCAGGUGCCACAGGAUACAGCAGGUUCCACAGGAUACAGAAGAUGCCACAGGAUACAGCAGAUGCCACAGGAUACAGCAGAUGCCACAGGAUACAGCAGGUGCCACAGGAUACAGCAGGUUCCACAGGAUACAGAAGAUGCCACAGGAUACAGCAGGUGCCACAGGAUACAGCAGGUGCCACAGGAUACAGCAGGUGCCACAGGAUACAGCAGGUGCCACAGGAUACAGCAGGUGCCACAGGAUACAGCAGAUGCCACAGGAUACAGCAGGUGCCACAGGAUACAGCAGGUGCCACAGGAUACAGCAGGUGCCACAGGAUACAGCAGGUGCCACAGGAUACAGCAGGUGCCACAGGAUACAGCAGGUGCCACAGGAUACAGCAGGUGCCACAGGAUACAGCAGGUGCCACAGGAUACAGCAGGUGCCACAGGAUACAGCAGGUGCCACAGGAUACAGCAGGUGGCCACAGGAUACAGCAGGUGCCACAGGAUACAGCAGGUGCCACAGGAUACAGCAGGUGCCACAGGAUACAGCAGGUGCCACAGGAUACAGCAGGUGCCACAGGAUACAGCAGAUGCCACAGGAUACAGCAGGUGCCACAGGAUACAGCAGGUGCCACAGGAUACAGCAGAUGCCACAGGAUACAGCAGGUGCCACAGGAUACAGCAGGUGCCACAGGAUACAGCAGGUGCCACAGGAUACAGCAGGUGCCACAGGAUACAGAAGAUGCCACAGGACACAGCAGAUGCCACAGGAUACAGCAGAUGCCACAGGAUACAGCAGGUUCCACAGGAUACAGCAGAUGCCACAGGAUACAGCAGGUGCCACAGGAUACAGCAGAUGCCACAGGAUACAGCAGAUGCCACAGGAUACAGCAGGUGCCACAGGAUACAGCAGAUGCCACAGGAUACAGCAGGUGCCACAGGAUACAGCAGGUGCCACAGGAUACAGCAGAUGCCACAGGAUACAGCAGGUGCCACAGGAUACAGCAGGUGCCACAGGAUACAGCAGGUGCCACAGGAUACAGCAGGUGCCACAGGAUACAGCAGAUGCCACAGGAUACAGCAGGUGCCACAGGAUACAGCAGGUGCCACAGGAUACAGCAGAUGCCACAGGAUACAGCAGGUGCCACAGGAUACAGCAGGUGCCACAGGAUACAGCAGGUGCCACAGGAUACAGCAGGUGCCACAGGAUACAGAAGAUGCCACAGGACACAGCAGAUGCCACAGGAUACAGCAGAUGCCACAGGAUACAGCAGGUUCCACAGGAUACAGCAGAUGCCACAGGAUACAGCAGGUGCCACAGGAUACAGCAGAUGCCACAGGAUACAGCAGAUGCCACAGGAUACAGCAGGUGCCACAGGAUACAGCAGAUGCCACAGGAUACAGCAGGUGCCACAGGAUACAGCAGGUGCCACAGGAUACAGCAGAUGCCACAGGAUACAGCAGAUGCCACAGGAUACAGCAGAUGCCACAGGAUACAGCAGGUGCCACAGGAUACAGCAGAUGCCACAGGAUACAGCAGGUGCCACAGGAUACAGCAGAUGCCACAGGAUACAGCAGAUGCCACAGGAUACAGCAGGUGCCACAGGAUACAGCAGAUGCCACAGGAUACAGCAGGUGCCACAGGAUACAGCAGGUGCCACAGGAUACAGCAGAUGCCACAGGAUACAGCAGGUGCCACAGGAUACAGCAGGUGCCACAGGAUACAGCAGGUGCCACAGGAUACAGCAGGUGCCACAGGAUACAGAAGAUGCCACAGGACACAGCAGAUGCCACAGGAUACAGCAGAUGCCACAGGAUACAGCAGGUUCCACAGGAUACAGCAGAUGCCACAGGAUACAGCAGGUGCCACAGGAUACAGCAGAUGCCACAGGAUACAGCAGAUGCCACAGGAUACAGCAGGUGCCACAGGAUACAGCAGAUGCCACAGGAUACAGCAGGUGCCACAGGAUACAGCAGGUGCCACAGGAUACAGCAGGUGCCACAGGAUACAGCAGGUGCCACAGGAUACAGAAGAUGCCACAGGACACAGCAGAUGCCACAGGAUACAGCAGAUGCCACAGGAUACAGCAGGUUCCACAGGAUACAGCAGAUGCCACAGGAUACAGCAGGUGCCACAGGAUACAGCAGGUGCCACAGGAUACAGCAGAUGCCACAGGAUACAGCAGGUGCCACAGGAUACAGCAGAUGCCACAGGAUACAGCAGAUGCCACAGGAUACAGCAGGUGCCACAGGAUACAGCAGGUGCCACAGGAUACAGAAGAUGCCACAGGACACAGCAGAUGCCACAGGAUACAGCAGAUGCCACAGGAUACAGCAGAUGCCACAGGAUACAGCAGGUGCCACAGGAUACAGCAGAUGCCACAGGAUACAGCAGAUGCCACAGGAUACAGCAGGUGCCACAGGAUACAGCAGGUGCCACAGGAUACAGCAGGUGCCACAGGAUACAGCAGGUGCCACAGGAUACAGCAGGUGCCACAGGAUACAGCAGGUUCCACAGGAUACAGCAGGUGCCACAGGAUACAGCAGGUGCCACAGGAUACAGCAGAGGCCACAGGAUACAGCAGGUGCCACUCCCAGGCUGCAGUCCGGCCCUGGAGGCAGCGACAGAAGCUAACACUGCUCUAG